GCAUCAGUUCCAUUCCGUCAUUGUUUCAGUGUACAUUUCCAGCCGUGUUCAGGGAGCAAUACAAUGCAGUUCGUUCUAUCAUCCAUGAGUUUGGCCAUAGUUGCAUGUGUAGCUGUUGACUCAGCGAGUAAAUCAGUGAGCAAACGAGAUCUUUGGCAAUCAGGAGCAGUGCAGGAUCAUGCAGGAUUCGGACAAACUGGACAGUCUGCAUAUUUAGGACAUUCGGGAUACACUGGAAGUUCUGGGCAUUCAGCUCUGGGAGUUCAGGAUUACGAUGCAAAUUGGAACCAAGGUAUAGAGGCACGAAUGCACAUGCCUGAAUCCACACACUAUGAUCAUUUGCGAGUUCCAGUGCACCCGGUUCACGAAUAUCACCAAGAGGAAUCACAGGAUAAGAAAAAGUUCCAGGAAUGGAAACCAAUACAUGCGGAUUACAAAUCACAAUCAUCUUCCAGUAAUACGAAGCAUUCGGAACAGGAGCAGCACAGUUACGAAGACUGGCGAAAUGAUGAAGAUAAGCACGAAGAACCAGAAAAGCAUCACCACCAUCAUCACCAUCACCAUGUUAAGGUUAUCGAGGUCCCUAAGCCUUACACAGUGCAUGUGGAGAAACCAUACCGGUGUACGUGGAGAAGCCUAUUAUUGUGGAAAAGACUGUACCUUUGAAGUUACUGAUUAAGAAGAAAUAUCAUCAUUAGAUAAAAAAGUUA